CGGAGGACGCACGCGCGCCGUACCAUGCGUGAGAGACGCCGCACCACUGCCUCCUCAGCCAGCUACACCGGCUUCAAGGCUGUGGAGGGUUUCCAGUACCCGAGCGUGUGGAAGAAGGCGGGCCAGAGCGUGGGGACCCUGCUGCUGGUGGGCGCGGCGGCCGUCCUCGCGUGCGGUGUGCACAGCCUGCUGCGACACGGCGCCGACUGCAGCGCCGCCUGCUCGCCACAGACGGCCACAGAUGUCGCUACCGUCACGCUGGCGGCGGCGGACCUGGCGCUGCAGCUGCUGCUGCUGCUAAGCCUGCAGCGCGGUUGGCCAGCCGGCACGGUGGCGGCCAGCGUGUGGUGUGCCCUGAAGGCAGCCGCCGCCGUCUACCUCCUGCUGCACAGCACGUACCAGCUGCACACCGAGCCGGGUUCGGUGUUGAUCGAGCACCUGGCGGCGCAGGCGGCACUGGCGCUGGCGCUGGCCGUGGCACUGUACACGGUGGCCUCCGCCGCGCACGAGCAGCGCGCCGCAAACAGGAUCGACGGCGACGGCUUGCCCUGAGAGAGUCGACAGGGGACGGACUCCGGCGUCCGUCGCCAGCUAGACUGAGACUUCACCUGUGGCGCGGCCUUGUGGUUUAUAUCGAUGACGUGGCCGAGGACGUGACCUGAGACGUGGCCAGUGACGUGGUCCGGCUCACGCAUUGGAGCACGGCGGUAUGAGGGAAGCGAGCGUUUGGUGGCCGGCAGCUUUUGCUUGGCAGUCAUGACGGGUCUAUCUGCAAGAAAAGUACAGAACCGAAAUGAAGUGCUUUUAGAGUAGUGGGGGAUUUUUUGCUGUUCCACGAUGGAGGUGUCCUGUCAAAGACUGGUGAAAUCAACAGGAUGUCUCGUAUCGUGUCACUGACAGGCUCUUCACCGAGCAGUUCGGUGAGGUUCAUCUUGCAGCGUGUACUAACCAGAACCAGAAGCCGUUCCGAUUUUCACCUGUGGCUGUGAGGUUACCUGCUAAGCGGCAGUGUUUAAUCACUCGUGUGCCAUGAGCCCAUGAUAGUCGCGUGUGAGUGUGGUUUAUACCCCGGCGAGUAUUGCUGACGCUGCUGCAGCGUUUUCGGUUUGCCACCCCGCCAUAGAGCUGCUAGUUAUGUGUGCCGCAUUUAUCGCAUAGGCGUCGUUACAACUGUUUAUUCGCAGUUGCAUACCCAUGUCAUAACCACAGGAGACCAGGUAAACUAUUUGCAGUUUACCAUGUUGGAAACUCAGUUUUUGUAUUUAAUACUAUGUUGCCUACGCCGGGAUCAUUUGUUCUUUCUCCACCCUGGGACGUCCCUGCCGCUGGUAUCCACUGGGUUUGCCUUGCUGUCUUGGACGACAAAGCAAGCUGGUGUAUGACAGUGCGCUUCCAGUAUACACCUUGGUGGGCGCUGGAAAAUACAUGACUCAUGAAGUUUCUGCAUUAAUUGUUGCGGACGAAGCUGAGGCUAACAUUUUGUUACACGCAGCGUGACGACGGAGCAGUCG